UAAAGGUGAUAAAAGUGCAUUUAAUUCGUAUUUCCAACUCCCGUCCCGUGUUGCCUUUGGAAAAGUGGGUGGGAAUGGUGUAACAAUCUGGGAUAAAACACCGGACGCCGGUCCAAUGAAACUUGCAAGGAAACCGCACCGGCAAGUAGAAAGUGGCCCCGUGCUACACCAAAAUAACGCUCCAAGGGUGGCCUGUAUCAGACAGGACUAACACAAACUACUUGUGUUUCCCUUCGGGCUCUUCGUUUAGCUUUACGUUUUACAAGAAAAGUCGAAGAAACAGCGAUUUUGAAUUCGCGCCGCGAUUAUGCGUAAAAGUCUCGUACCAUCGCGGUGCCUUCCGUCGACGGCUGUGAAUUCUCCGUUCAAAAGUCCGAUCUCGGCUCAGAAACGGUCGCGAGAAUGCCGCAAACGGCGCGAUCCGGCGGAACCGGGGUCCUCUCCGAGCUCCUCCUCUGCACCCUUACCGAAGAUGUCGGCCAGCGAGCACGAAGCGAUGAUCCUGAAGAUUCUGAGCCAACCGUUCAAGAUCCCGAUCGCCAACUAUGUGCCGGAACACUCGACACGCUGUCUCGGCAUGAAACGAUCCGCCGGUCGACGGGCACUGCACGAUCCGUUCGCCUGUAACGCCCUUGUACUCUACAGUCCCCCGGAGUUGUCCGAACAUGAGAAGCUUAAGAUGGAUGCGAGCAAACUUCGGGUGCACGUGGUGGUCGAUCCGUUGCUUGGUAACAUCCUGCGACCGCAUCAGCGUGAAGGAGUACAGUUUAUGUACGAUUGUGUGACCGGUGCGAAGGGUGACUUUAACGGUUGCAUUAUGGCCGAUGAGAUGGGACUUGGCAAGACGCUGCAAUGCAUUACGCUGCUCUGGACGCUGUUGCGGCAAAGCCCGGACUGUAAGCCUACGAUCGGGAAAGCCAUUAUCGUGUGCCCCAGUUCGUUGGUGAAGAAUUGGUACAAAGAGUUCGGUAAGUGGCUUGGUUGUCGCGUAAACUGCCUCGCCAUGGACGGUGGAUCGAAGGAGCACAUGACGAAAGAACUGGAACAGUACAUGGCAAAUCAAAGCUAUCGACACGGUACCCCGGUACUGAUCAUUAGCUACGAAACAUUCCGACUGUACGCGGACAUCCUCAACGCUUCCGAGGUCGGUGCAGUGCUGUGCGAUGAGGGACAUCGGUUGAAGAACUGCGAGAAUCUCACCUAUCAAGCCCUGAUGGGGUUGAAGACAAAACGACGCGUGCUACUCUCGGGAACACCGAUCCAGAAUGAUUUAACAGAGUACUACAGUCUGCUGCACUUUGUUAACCCAGGAAUGCUUGGCACAACGGCGGAGUUCCGAAAGCAGUACGAAAUUCCGAUCCUGAGAGGCCAGGACGCCAACUCAACGGAUGCGGAACGUGAGAAGGCCGCUGCACGGUUACAGGAGCUUGCGGCGCUCGUCAAUCGAUGCAUGAUCCGGCGCACCAGUGCACUGCUCACCAAGUACCUGCCGGUCAAGUUCGAGAUGGUGGUCUGUGUGCGAAUGACGGCGGUGCAGGCGGAACUAUACAAAGCAUUCCUUCAAUCGGACACAGUCCGGAGAAGUUUGCAGCAGCAACGCUCGGAACAGAAAGCCACCCUGACCGCACUGUCGAAUAUUACGACGCUGAAGAAGCUGUGCAACCAUCCGGAUCUUGUGUACGACAAGAUACAGGAGGGUGCGGAUGGGUUUGAAAAAGCGGCAAGCAUUCUACCGGCCAACUACAGCCCUCGGGAACUUCGGCCAGAGCUCGGUGCCAAGCUGUUGCUGCUCGAUUGUAUGCUGGCCUCGAUCAAAACCAACACCACGGACAAGAUCGUGCUGGUCUCGAACUAUACGCAGACGCUCGAUCUGUUCGAGAAGCUGUGCCGGAAGCGAGGCUACGGUUAUGUGCGGCUCGAUGGCACGAUGACGAUCAAAAAGCGGGGCAAGGUGGUCGAUCAGUUCAAUAGCCCCGACUCGACGGAUUUCAUCUUCAUGCUCAGCUCGAAGGCCGGUGGUUGCGGACUCAAUCUCAUCGGUGCCAAUCGGUUGGUAAUGUUCGAUCCGGACUGGAACCCUGCCAACGACGAGCAGGCUAUGGCUCGGGUGUGGCGUGAUGGACAGAAGAAACCUUGCUUCAUCUAUCGUCUGCUAGCUACGGGGUCGAUCGAGGAAAAGAUCUUCCAGCGUCAAACACACAAAAAAGCCCUGUCGACGACGGUGGUGGACAACAAUGAGGAUGGCGAGCGACACUUUACCCAGGAUGAUCUUAAGGAUCUGUUUAAGCUGGAUGAAGCGACAAUCUCCGAUACGCAUGAUAUUUUCCGCUGCAAACGCUGUACGAACGGGGUGCAGACGAAGCUACCACCGGACAGCAGUGACUGUAUGUCGGACCUGGUGCACUGGUACCACUGUGCGAACAACAAGGGAAUUCCGGACGAUAUUCUGUCGAAAUCGUGGGACAUUACGCGCUGCGUCUCGUUCGUGUUUCACCAUCGCUCCAAUUCGGCCGUCGUGGAGCAGGAACUGGCGGAGCAGAGACGUUUGCAGGCGCUGGCCGCUAAGCAGCGGGAGGAGGAAGAAAAAGAGGAAGAGGAGGACGAGUGCGACAAGGAAAACCGGCGCGAGGACGACGACGAGUCAGGGGCCGAGGAGGACGAUGUGGAGAAAGAUGAAGAUUUCGUUCUUUAA